AUGGCAAAGCCGCUGGCCAUGGACGUCUGGCUCGCCCUGCAGCGCAUGCCGUAUCCGGACAAGGAUGCGGCAUGGAAGCAUAUGAAGGCUGUAGGCCACAAGCAAGAACGGAGGUUUCCUGGCUAUUCAUUCCUUCCCAGAGGGGGUUUGUCAUCUCCCUAUGUGCGGUUCCUUACAGAUGCAGAUCUCAUCUUCAACGCCACAUCAUCCGGCAAUGUGGAUCCCGAGGAUUUCUACAUGUUGCAUGAGCUGGCAGUCGGGCUUUUUCGCGGCCGGGCCAAUCUGCACAGCGCCCGCAUCGUUUCCGGUGGUGAGGAGCUCUUUGACGAGGACAUCCAUACUGCAGAUGACAUGGCUCAAGUUUGUACCUUCGUCCGACAAGGCUGCGACGUGGCGACUUUGACAGGCAGUUAUCGUCUGCCGAGUGGCUGGCACGUGCCGGUUGAUCUGACGCUCCAAAAAGGCGACAAGGACAUGUCCAAAGCCACAAGGCUCGAUCGGAUCCUUUCGAACAUCGAGGAUCUCAAUUUUGCCAAGGUCGUCUCGAGAGUUCGAGGGAUGUUGAAGCCCGCUGGCAAAGCUCGGCUGUCGGAUGCUUGGAAUCGCCAGGGUGGUGCCCUGCGGUUUCUUGUGACGCAGCUUCGCCUUGUCAGCCGCAUGCCACUAAAGGAGCAGCAACCGUACUUGAGUUUCUUACAGCUGCCCCCCGGCUUCACACCCGAGGCCUGGAAAGAUGCCGCAGAGAUCGAAAUGCAGCACCGAGCGCUGGAAGUUAUUGAUGAAUGCAAAGCUGUCAUUAGCAACGCCUUCGCCGAUCGUGCAGGAGAGAUCUGGGACGCACUGGAAAGCAAAUCCCAGAUCUUCCUAUCAACGGCUGGUGGCUCGCAGUUGGAGGGUCUUACCUUGGACGAGCCGUAUGUUGAAAGGUAUGGGACCAAAGGUCGCAAAGGCAAGGGCAGUGGUACUGGCAAGGGCGGUGAUGACAGAGACGCAGUGGAUUCUAAAGGUGCUCCUUCGAGAGGCACCGGCAAGGCUGGCAAAGGCAGAGGCCAUGGAAAGGAUGGUGCGGGUGGAUAUCCAGCCCAUGUCGAAGGUGUCCAUGCCAAAGGCCAUGGCAAGAAAGGCGAUGGACAUGCUGGCAAGAAAGGCAAGGGUCGAUAUGGCUAUCCAUCCGGUUGGUAG